AUCAGUCAUCAGUCAUCAGUCAUCCUAUGUCUCUCAAUCUAACUGUAUGCCUUAAGGCUUAAGUUCUUUCUUUUUCCUUAGUGGAUACCUCAUAUCUAACUGUUUGACUUCUUUCUUAUUCUUCUUUUUACUUUAUAUUUUUCUUUAACUAACUCAUACAGGACUACAUGUCCUGAAACCUGUGGGUGAGAAAGAAAGUGGAGGUAGUUAAAAGUGCCCUUUGUUAUCCAAUAACCAUAAAAAAGCAUAGGGAGAGAUUCUUCUUCUGUUGAAUCAGUAGCUUUACAAAUCAUUACCAAAUGGAAGGAUCUUCAAACGGAAGACUAGAGGAGACCCCGAGGGCAGAAGCACAUGAUGAAGAGAAGGAAGUUAUUUUGGACGAUUCUCCAGCGCCGAAACUAGACGUUGAAUUUGUUAGAGACAUUACUCCUGAUGGGAACUUUAAGUCCAUCAAUAACACCCCUGAUGCGGAGGAUUUCAGGUCAAGUAGCAGCAGUUCGGAUGAAGAGGCAGCGCCGGAGGAAAAGAGUCCUUGGGUGGAGAAGUCUGAGAAUUUUGAAGAGAAGGUGGUUUCUGAUUCAGUUGUUGAGUCAGUUGAACUUGAACCAGAAUCAGUCGAGAAAUCAGGGGAUUCUGGUGUUGCUGAAUUAGAUUCCAAAGAAACAGAAGAGAACAUUCCACCAUCUUUGGACGAGACUAAUGCGGAUUCUCCAAUAGUAGCAGAUUUGUCAAUAAAUCGUUCGAAUGAACGAACACAGCAGCUGUCCUCUGCUGAGACCUCCGGGCAUUCUGCACUCUUAACAGAUGUGGAAUCAAAGGGAAUUGAUGAGGAAACAACGCUGCCAGGCUUGAAUGAGACUGAUGCCUCUGCGGUUGCAGUAGAUGCCGUGUGCAAGGGGAUUGAAGAAACAACUAUUUCUUGUUUGGAUGGGAAUGGGGGAGUUCCUGCAGCUGAAGCAGUCCAAGGAAUCACGGAAACCGAAAUUCCAGCUUCAGACAAGAGUGCUGGGGGUUCAUCAGGUUCCCCUGAUUUGGCAUCCAAGGAAAAUGUUGAAGAUUCAUUGCAGGCAGCAAACGUCCCUAUCGUGGAGACCAGAGAUGUUGGUGAACUAGUAAACAAGCCCGAGAUCCAUGAAAGCACGGGGAAUAAGCCUAUCAUAUCUCUGAGUCAUCGUCCUGUGGAACCAACUUCUUGGAAGAGUUGCUGUGGACUUUUUGAAGUUCUGCGGCGCUCCAACAGAUAAAUUCAAGAGGCAGAGUAUUAAUGGAAUGUUAAAGCAGAAUUACAAGUUUCUUGUGGAGUUUAUAGGUUGUUAUGAUGCUUUUGUUUUUCAGCAUUUUAUGCAAAAAUUAUUAUUGAGAAGAAACGUGUGGGGUCCCCAAGUGAAAUUUGUUUGAGAGUUGUAUUAGAGCUUGGACAUUGGAAUUGGCGUGUGUGGAGUGUUUCAUCAGUUACACUGUUUGUAUACGAUCCCUUGGAUAUAUUUAUUUCUGUGAUGAUCAUGAUAUGAUCUCAUUUCCUAUGAAACCUUGGGUUGUUCCCUCAACUCACUCUCAUGGACAAGAAUCAUUGAUUAAGAGUUGGGUUAUAACUGGCUCAAUAGUUAGCAUGAGGUUAACUCAAAGUC